CCUCGUCGAGCUGCAGCUGCGCCACGUCAUUUUCAGCAGUGACACAAGUAAAACACGAUGGUUCAUCUUUGAGCAAGAACCUGCAGGAGCCACGACGAGGGGCCAUUCCAGUUGUCCUUGGGAGAAGUUCUUCAUCUUGUUGUAGAAGCCGCAUGAUCUGCAAUUACAUCAACUCGACGGAAGGUCAAGACAAGUCAAACUCUUUGAUGUCGUCCCUGUCCCAGCAGUCCUCCGCGUGUGGAAACUGCUACAUGAGGA